AUGGGAAAUAUAAUUUCAAGAUUCAGGAGAGACAGACCUGUAAUUCUGUCUGGCAACUUGUUUGCGUACAAAGUCCAAACGUUUAUUGGAGAGGGGAAAUUUGGAAGAGUUGCUCACUGUACUACAUUGGGCACAAAAGAAAAUGUUGCAGUGAAGAUCUUUAAGAAGAACCCCAAUAAACUCCAGAUUGCUGUGCGAGAACUGCAAAUGAUGAAAAAGAUCAACAAUCUAGAUCCAGACAAGUACAAUUUGGUUCGCCAUAUUGAAUUUUUCAGUCAUGAAAAUUUUGUUUGUCUGGUAUUUGAGAAGCUUGAUAAGAACCUAAACGACUUCAUAAAACAGAAUGGAAAACUAAAUGUAAAGGAAAUUCGGCCAAUAGCGCAACAGAUGCUUGUUGCACUUGAUGCACUUAAACAUAUUGAUGUGAUUCACACAGAUAUAAAGCCUGACAAUGUCAUGCUUGUGGAUCACAGGAGGCAACCUUUUAAAAUUAAACUGAUAGAUUUUGGUGUGGCUGUUCUGGCCUCUCAAAACAAUCAAGGAAAAAUCAUGCAACCUCUUAUAUAUAGGUCUCCAGAAGUCAUGUUGGGCCUCCCAGUCACUGCUGCAAUAGAUAUGUGGUCUCUGGGGUGUCUCUUAGCUUAUCUGUACACCGGAAAGCACCUGUAUGAAGGGGCAGCCUGUGAAUAUGAUGUUAUGAGAUUAAUUGUUCAUUUGCAGGGUCAGCCAAGCAACCGAUUGCUGAGUGCUGGGAACAAAGCCCAGAAUUUUUUCAAAUAUACCAAAGGAAAAUGGAACCUGAAAACACCAAAGGAAAAAUAUUCUGAAACAACACAUGAUGUACUAAAGGGUGUGCACAUUCAGUCUCUAAAUGACCUGACUAUGUGCCACCCAAAACCAAAAUCUGAAAAGGAGAGUAAUGACAUGCAGGCAUUUCUGAGCCUGAUAACAUGGAUGCUACAUCCAGAUUUUGAUAGGAGACCCAAUCCCAGCGACGCUCUGCAACAUUCAUUUAUUGAAGAGAAACACCUGACAGAGUUACCUAAAAAUGACACUGUUGCUAAGCUGGGGGAACCAACAUCAAUCUCUCACCCAAAUGAGGAAGUACCAGGUGCCACUGCACGUACAGCCACCAGUGCCCUUAUUGUAAAUAUAGUUCCAGCAGACGAUCCUGGAGAAGGACCCUCGAGCCUAGCAAGACACCAAUUUUACUGAUACACACCGAGGAAUGAUUUACUGUGAAAAUGUCUCUCCUAUCUUGAAAUUACACAUGAAUUCACAGAUGUCCAGUUUUAAAGGCAUCUUGCAUUUGUUGAAAACAGUCCCAAAACUCCUCAUGCAAAUGUAACCUGAUUUGCGUGUAUCAGGUGAUCUGUGCACAAACAUUUAGCAAUCUCUAAAUAAAUACAAAAGAAUGUCACAAA